AUGACAGGGUAGCAGAUAAAUGACAGAAUAAAAGCUGUACUGAAUAAAGAUAGAGUUGCCCUGAGUAGGACUAUUACUUUGAUUGAGUCAUCAAGAGAGGAGGACAGAACAGAUGCUGAUAAUCUCAUGCGUGAACUGUUUGCUCAGACACCACAUAGAUAGAACAAAGCAAUAAGAAUAGGAAUAUGUGGAUCACCUGGUGCAGGCAAAUCUUCUUUAAUUGAAAAAUUAGGGUUAUACAUCACAGAAGACUUAAAGCUGAAUCUGGCAGUGCUGGCUAUUGAUCCUAGCAGCUAGAGAUCUGGAGGCUCUAUACUCGGAGAUAAAACUAGGAUGGAUAAACUAUCCUUCAUUGAUAAUGCUUAUGUUAGGCCAUCUCCUACUAGAGGAAUGCUAGGAGGAAUAGCAUUGAAUACAGGAGAUGUGUAGUAGCUUUGUGAGAGAGCCGGUUUUGAUGCUAUUAUUGUAGAAACAGUAGGAGUUGGCUAGAGUGAAAUUGAAAUUGAUAAUGUAGUAGACUUCGUUGUUUACGUAGUUCCUCCAGGCAGUGGAGACGGUCUUCAGGGCUCUAAAAAGGGUGUCAUGGAGAUAGCUGACUUGGUGGUAAUCAAUAAAUACGACACUGAGUACAAGAAAGUUUGCGAGAGACUUAAAAGACAGAUUGAAGGCUCCUUGACUCUUACCAUUCCAAAGUACAAUAGAGAAGAUUUCACUUGGUAUCCCUCAGUAGAAUUAGUUUCUGCUAAGAUGCCUCUAAAUGUUGAGAGUAUUUGGAAUCAUGCUGAGCGAUUCAGACAGGAAAUGGGAGAGUUUAAUCUUUAGAGACGCAGAAGCGAGUAAACCAAGAAGAGUAUGUGGAGGUUCUUGGGAGACUCACUCAUGCGUAAGCUAAAGAAUGAAUAUGAGGAGCAUGGCAAUGUCUAUGAUAAGGUUAUUAAAUAAGCUGAGGCAGAUAUAAUGAAGGAGAAGAUAUCUGCAGUGAGAGCAGAUUGGUAAAAUAAAGUGUUGUAGAAGAUAUAUAAAUUAUCUGUGAUGAUGUUUAGUUUAAUUGAAUUAAAAUCUAUAAUAAAAUAAAAUGAGCAAUCUAAGUUAAGGUUUCGGUUCCAAGUGUAAUAAAAAUAUCAAUUUAACACCAUCAUAGCAAGUCUAAGAGCAAGCAAUGGUUUCAACCAAACUGGCUACUCAACUCAAGGUAUCUACCAACAAUUGAAAUAUUAAUUUCUUUAUAUAGGUCUUAACAAUAGAUUUAACACAUUGAACGUUGGAGGUGGUGGAUCUCCAAGAGGAGCGUUUGACUAGCAGUCAAUGAUGAGCGGCACUGAUAACACUGCUCAUUUAAAGGGAAAGCUUAGUAGCUUGAAUGAGACUAUUAGACAAUUGCAGGAGCAUCUUAAUUCUCAUAAGAAAGAAGUUCAAAUCUUAAGAAGUGAAAAGGAAACUCUUGAGAGUGUGUUGACUAUGAAGUGUCAAGAUACUAGGAAGGCCCUUACUAACGAACUCCACAGGGUAGAGGAGGAGAUUAAAAGACAUUACAACAACCAGCAUGCUGAGAGCCAAAGACUUCAAUAGCAGCUUACUGGUCUGAAGACUGAUAAAACUGCUCUUGAAAAGGACAUCAUUAGAAUGCAAAAGAGAAUUGAAGAAUUAGAGUUACAGAUUGGUCAUGAGGAUGAAGAGAAAUGA